UCCACUGCAUAUUGCAUGUCUUACAAAUGUGUGAACUGUGUGUGUGGUCCCAGUUUUAACAACUCUUUUAACACGUUAGGUACACGUGAGAUACACGCAUGACAUGCUUAACACCUACUGCCCCAUAUGCAGUGUGCCCCCCUUCUGGAAGUGAAUAAGAGAGAACUCUGAGCCUGAGAGAGCCUCAGAGUCGAAAGACGCUCAUCCACACCUGUAAUGCCCAUUAUUACCCCAAGCACCAACGGAGCCAUGCCUGAAGCAAAGAAAACAGGAAGAAAAGAAUCAAAAGCUGGUAUAAAACCUUCAGAAAAGGCACCGUCAUAUGUUCCCAACAUCCCUGAGCCCAGGACUAGAGCUGAACUGAUGGAAUACUGGAUGGAUUUCACUCUGGAUGACAGAACGUCUCAGAAAGUGUUGUGGCUUUCAGAAGGUGGAGCCAAGGUGUCCCGUAUGUGUGAGGAAAUGUGUCCUGUUCUGGACCGACCUGAAAGAUAUGAACAUUCACCACAGGUGCUGUGUAGGGAGUGUGUUUGGGGUAAUCGUGGAUAUUGGGAGGUUGACUGCGAAGGCUGGGUGGUGAUAGGGGCAGCGUGUGAGAGCUCAGCCCGGAAAACUAAGGAUGGUCCCUGUGGCCUAGGAGAAAAUGAGGUGUCAUGGGGUCUGGGCUGGGCUGGCUCCUGCUACCAUGUGUGGCACAAUGGGGUGAACAUAGAGAUUCAUGCUCCCUUCUGUCCUACCAUUGGGAUCUAUGCAGAUCAGCCAGCUGGAUUACUCAACUUUUACCGUGUGGAAGCUGAAGAGAAUGGCUCUAAGGCGGUCAGUCUGCUUUAUCAGUUUAAGACCACCAUCAACGAGAAGCUCUACCCCGGUUUCUGGGUGGGCAGGAAAUCUCACUGUUGGAUCCGGAAGAAAGAUCAGUAGGACAUGAAUGGCGGGGGGAUCGAUGGAAAGAAAAGGGGUGUGAAAAAACAGAGCUGUGCAAGAAUAUUUAGUUAACCAGAAUAUCAUGAGAAAUACUAAUGUAAUUCUAAUGCCAGCCUAUUACACAUGGGUUGGCCAAAAAGCAAGCAAGCUCAUGUUAUGGUAGCACUUUUCAAAAGUUUCAUUUGUUAUCAUAUGCAAUGAAAUAACACGUAAGCUUAAAAAAAUGCUUUUACAGAAUGUAUAAAUCUUAGUUAAUUUCUAUACUGUAAAAUGCUUUUGCACUUAAAUUUUUAAGUAUAAUUAACUUGGAAGUCACUUUAACUUUGAUUUUUUAUUUUGAGAAUGAGUUGCUGUAACUUAUAUAUUUAAAUUAAAACUACGUAAGCUAACUUAACCUUAAAUUACAGCUUCUCAUCAUUAGUCAAGAUAAAUAAUUGAAGUUGAAAUUACUUUUAAAGUGCAUUUAUUUCAUUGCUAAAAACAUUUGUGUGUGUGUGUGUGUGUGCAUUUGGUAUAAUACAAUGUGUUCGCGUAGUUUAUGUUUCAGUAAAUUUUUGUAGCUCCGAAUUUUCUCUGAUGUCAGACGGAAAUGUGAUGCUUCUUACUUCUUACCAUGUUUGAAAGAUUCGCUCACAAUGCAAUGCUACAGUUUACUUACAGUGCAAGCCAGUGGCGGCUGGUGACUUCUUUUUUUGAAGCGCAGGAUGCGAAGUUCGUCACAACAUGUAUGUAGCCCGUCAUGUGUGUGGUUCAUAAUUUCAAAAUAUGUUUUCAGCGCUUUGAGAGAUCGUGUGUGCAUCACGUGUCAUGCCAAAAUAAGUGCCUGCUGCAGACGCGUCUAAAGGGUUUAUGAAAAGAGACGCUCACAUUUGCCAGAUACUCACAUUAUCUCAUGCGUAAUCAGAGUUUCUAGCGUGUAUUUUGGGAACGUGUCUCUUUUAUAAUAACGGUUUUGACGCGUGUGCAGCAGGCACUUAUUUUGAUAAAACACGUGAUGCAGGAUCUCUCGAAACACAUGACACACAUUUUGGAAAAGGGAACCACACGUGUGACAAUCCGAACACUUAUUUUGAAUUAGCGCAUCCUCGGAUGAGCAGUCACGAGCCGCCCCUGGUCCAAGCGGGAAGAAUUAUGAUAAUGCACGUGGUGUCUAUGUCAACAGGCCCAGGAAGUAAACUGUUGCCUAUAAUCCAUGUGUUUGUUGUAAUCCUAGAAAAGAGAUUUACGCUGGAGACGAUAACUUGCGUCAUUGUUUACUUUAAGAUUUGUACCUUUUGCAUAUCGUUAACAUGUACUAAUACACACUUACACAGCAAAGGAAAUAUAAAAUCGUGAAUCGGACCAUAGGUGCUCUUUAAAUCCAAGUUGAAUAAACUUAAGAAUUUAAGUGCCAAAAUAAUUUUUUGCAAAAACACUCAAAUUAUUUUCCUUUAUUUACACCAGUUAUUGUAUUUGUGUAGUUUACACCUUUUAAUAGAAAGUUGUCUUGUGUUUGUAGUUUAAAUACUUUUAUAUUAGUCCAUGUUAUGACAAAUACAGAUAUUGUAAUAAAGAUAUAUCUCAGUGCAUAUAGUACUUGACUGAAUUA